AUGACAGCAUUGUGUUUCGAGACACUUGACUGCAUGAAAUCUUUGGUCCGCGUAAUGAUUUUGUCGCCUAAUAUCUUUCUAAUAUGCAUAAUUUUGAGCGUGACAUGGGUGGCGGCCAAACCGAAAGUGUAUAUUAAGCUUACGAAUGCGCACUGCGAGUCCUUCAAUAAGUCCUGGGUGGUGAUAAACGAGUGUCGUUUGCGUGCGAUAAAACGAGAUGUGACGGCGCUGAAUAUAAAUAUAACAUUUUUGCAUCCAGCCGAUGAUAUUAAGUUGAGCAUUGCUUACUUGAAGAAAGCCAACGGCUAUAAGCCUUUUGUGCUGAAUUCGACUCUAGAUGCUUGCGAAUAUAUCCACAAGAAGAACAAUCCCAUUGCCAAUUUGGUGUAUUCAUUUUUUAUACCCUUCAGUAAUAUAAAUCACACUUGUCCAUAUGUUGGUGAUCAAAUCGUGAAGAACUUGUAUCCGAAGAAUGAGAUAGUUACACUGAUUCUUCCGAUGGGAGAUUAUGUUGUGAUGUUGUCAUGGUUUCUAAGCAAAAGGAAGACUUUUGUUACCAAUGUAUAUUUCACUUUUAAUGGGUGAAAUUUCGAUUUGGACAAUGGACUAUAUAAUAUACUUACAUCUUUGGUUUAUAUAGCUUUUCUAUACUUUUCUAUAAACAGUUUAUAUGUGUAGCAAGUUCUGUAAACGUUGAGGACGUUUUUUAGUAUCACAAGGGUUUGUUGUUGUUAUUAUCGAAUUAUAUAUGUUUUGAUGUUACUCGCGAUUAUUAUUUUUGGUUUAUGGCAAUCUGGUUUUAUUUUAGUUUAUUAGUAUGAUCUCCAUGAUGUAAAAUCAGCAAACAAUAAACUCCACAGGGCGGUCCUUGGUCGGCAGCAUUUGAUCCAUCUAUUUGGGGCUCCACACUAACGUAGCCGUUGUCUCUUAAUUCGCUGAACCAGUCCAAUGUCGUCGCAUAUCGCUCCAUCGACUGCUGUAUUCACCGUUACCAAUGCGCAAAGUACGAUAAAUCUUCCGUAAAACGUUUCUCUCCAAAACUCGUAACGUCAACUCAUCAGAUGUUGUCAUCGUCCAUGCUUCUGCACCAUAUAACGAGACGAGGAUGAUGAGUGACUUGUAGGGUGUGGUCUUUGUUUGCCGAGAGAGGACUUUACUUCUCAAUUGCCUACUCAGUCCGAAGAAGCACUUCUUGGCAAGAGUUAUUCUGUGUUGGAUUUUGAGAUUGUCGUUGUUAUUGGUGUUAAUGCUGUUCCAAGAUGGACGAAAUUAUCUACAACUUCGGAGUUAU